AUGCGGCCUCUUAUUAUCUCCUGUCUGCUCUACGCAGGGGCAUCUGCCUUCCAAGUACCACACAAUCUCCCUGAUGGCGACUACCGCAUCACCUACGGAGACACUCCCGACACAGAGCCUCUCGUCCGCCGCUUCAAUCCCAUUGCCAAGCGCUGGAGUCCGGUCCCGAGGGGUCUGCACAGCGGCACGGCCGAGUAUAACAUUGUCGUCGACGAGGACGUUACGCCAGCGAAAAUAUCAGAAGUCAACCUCGACACGCACCACACCAAGUCGUCGCUCCCACUACUCAUCACUGACACGGGCUGCUAUCACAAGAUCCCUUACCCCCUGGACCACGCCGACCACGCGGCCUCCAAGCAGAGCCUCCUCAACUACUGCUCGUUGUAUAACUUCCACCGGGCUCACAUCGAGCUGUCCCUGCACGGCAAGGUGGCCGUGUUCGUUUGCAACACGCAAAGCCACACAGGGAGCAAGUGGUGCAGCGAGGGAGAGUUCAACGCGGCCGAGGCCGUCUUCAACAAGACGUGCGGUGCGGAUAACGCCGCGUGGGUGUUCAUGGCGGAUACGAACAAAAUGUAUGGGAGGGCGUGGCGCGGGACCAACAUCUGCCGCCCCGAAAAGGACUGGCUGCCAAACGGAAAAGGAAAGGGUGGGUUUGUUGAUAACCAAGGCGCAAAGGUCUGGCCGGAGGGUCAUGCUAUAGGUGGUAUGGUUGAGGAGUGA